UUGCUGGCUCUCUCUUUCUCCCUCUCUGUCUCACUCUCUCUCUCUCCCUCUCCUAUCCGAGCACAAUGAAAGCCUCUGUAUCGCCGUGACUCCGGGCGGGAGCCAGUGUCAGCAAGCGGCUAACAGAGGAGAAAGAGAAAGGAAAAUACAAGCUACUUUUUUUUUUUUUCAUCUAUAAAGCGGAGCAAUACAAGCGAUAGAAUCACAUUGCUUAUUGCGAGUCCAGACCCUCAGAUCCACUGGCUGGGGAUGGAAUGUACAAAAGUGGACAGAAAAGUGGCUGGACAUGACUCGGUGCAAUUUGCUGGAAGUUUGUAAGUUUGACCAUCGUUUGUAAAUUACUCUCGGAAGAGUUUGUCUCUCUUGAUACUGUAUUAGAAAAGAGCCGGGGGGUGAGGAAUAGAAACGUAAGCGGGAAAGAAAAAAAUGUGUUGAAGGAUCUCUCUCAGAGGCUAGCCACUUCAGAUUGCUUUCAUUUAAGGCUAGGAAACCUUAGAGGGAAUAAGGAUUUUACCGGUGAUUGGAUUAGCUGAAGAAAAAAUCACGGUCCCAAAGUCCAAUUACUGACAUUGUUAAGAAUUGAAAAGCUGUCUCCUUUUGGGAGAAGACCACAUCCUACAGUACCCCCAGGAAGAGAAAACACCGGAGCAAAGGGAAAGGGAGAAAAAUCAAAAGCCAAAAGACGGUCACCCUUGAUUUUUGUACAGUUUGAACAUUGACUUCAAAAACGUUCUGAAACAGCACUGGUUUUUGUUUUGUUUUUUUUAAAACGUGAGAAAAAGUAAAGGCUGCUGGUUACAUAGACCAGUAGAAAUGUUUCUUUACAGAAGCAUUCUCACAAAGAAUCUUCCGAAAUAACUAGGUGAGGGAGAGUCCAGCUCUCUGUUAAUACCUCUCUCAAUUCCUUUUGCUGUGUGUUCCUGCCUCUUGCUUGGCAAUCCCUGAAUUCCUGAACUAACCCCCAGAUCAUGUGUUUACAACGUGCCUAGUGGCUCUGGUCAGCUUGUUGGGGGGGUGGGGGGAAUCCACCAACUCUGUCCAACUUCUCCAGAGCUGUCAAAUCCAAUUAGAGUAAGUUGAUCAGGGUUUGUUUCCAACUUAUCCUCUCCAAAUGGUAUCUAUUCUUUCUCCCCACCCUUUUUUUUUUAACUAACUCCCCUCCCCCACACCUUCUGCACUGCUCCCCUCAACCUCUGAAGACCUCUAUUCAUGUGGCCCUGAACACUGAGCUCACAUUGUCAAAAACAGAUUUGCCUGCCAUAGCCAGCAGUAGCAUCUUUCCACCUCACCAUCUCAGAGGCAGCAAUCAUCGUGUCCAGUAGGAUGGGGGACACAGCGCCCCCGCAGGCCUCCGCAGGAGGGCUGGGGGGGGCCUCUGGGGCGGGGCUCCUUGGAGGGGGCUCAGUCACCCCUAGAGUGCACAGUGCUAUCGUGGAGCGCCUGAGGGCUCGGAUUGCCGUCUGCCGCCAGCACCACCUGAGCUGUGAAGGACGCUAUGAACGUGGUAGGGCCGAGAGCUCAGACCGCGAAAGGGAGAGCACCUUGCAGCUCCUGAGCCUUGUACAGCACGGCCAGGGGGCAAGGAAGGCUGGCAAACACACGAAGGCCACCACCACUGCUGUCACCACCACCGCCCCUCCACCACCCCCUGCUGCCCCUGCCACGGCCUCCCAGGCAGCAGCAACAGCAGCCCCACCGCCCCCACCAGACUAUCACCACCACCACCAGCAGCAUCUGCUGAGCGGUAGCAAUAAUGGUGGCAGUGGUGGGAUAAAUGGAGAGCAGCAGCCACCAGCAUCAACCCCAGGGGACCAGAGGAACUCAGCCCUGAUUGCGCUCCAGGGUUCCUUGAAAAGAAAACAGGUAGUUAACCUAUCUCCUGCCAAUAGCAAGAGGCCCAAUGGCUUUGUUGACAACUCAUUCCUUGACAUCAAAAGAAUCCGUGUUGGGGAGAACCUCUCUACAGCACAAGGUGGCCUCCAAGUAAAUAAUGGACAAAGUCAGAUUAUGUCAGGAGCUUUGCCUAUGAGCCAGGCACCCCUGAGAAAGACUAACACUCUGCCACCCCAUGCACAUUCUCCUGGCAGUGGCAUGUUUAACAUGGGCUUAAAGGAAGUAAAGAAAGAACCAGGAGAGACUCUAUCUUGUAGUAAGCACAUGGAUGGCCAAAUGACCCAAGAGAAUAUUUUUAGUAAUAGGUAUGGAGAUGACCCUGGAGAGCAACUAAUGGAUCCCGAGCUGCAGGAACUGUUCAAUGAACUGACCAACAUAUCUGUGCCUCCCAUGAGUGACCUUGAGCUGGAGAACAUGAUCAAUGCCACCAUAAAGCAGGAUGACCCAUUUAACAUUGACUUAGGUCAACAAAGCCAGAGGAGCACGCCCAGGCCCUCUUUGCCCAUGGAGAAGAUAGUGAUCAAAAGUGAAUAUUCACCUGGCCUGAUUCAGGGCCCCUCAGGCUCUCCUCAGUUGAGGCCCCCAUCAGCUGGUCCUCCAUUUUCCAUGGCCAACUCUGCCCUCUCCACUUCAUCACCAAUCCCAACUGUCCCCCAGAACCAGGCUCAGCCUCAAACAGCAUCAGGAGCAAACCGGGCUCUGACAAGCUGGCAAGAAGUAUCCCAUGCCCAGCAGCUCAAACAGAUAGCUGCCAAUCGUCAACAGCAUGCCCGGUUGCAGCAGCACCAGCAGCAGCACCAACCUGUAAACUGGCCAUCUUUGCCUUCUCCUGCUGGACCACCACCAGGUCCAUUUGGGCAGGAGAAAAUCCCCAGUCCUUCUUUUGGUCAGCAGCCAUUCAGCCCACAGGGUUCCCCCAUGCCUGGGGUAGCAGGCAGCAGUAACCAGUCAAAAGUAAUGGCUAACUACAUAUACAAGGCCAGCCCCUCAGCCCAGAGUGGGCACCUAGAUGUGCUCAUGCAGCAAAAGCCUCAGGAUCUCAGUCGAAGUUUUAUUAACAACUCACAUCCAGCUCUGGAACCCCGUCAUAACAACACCAAGCCUUUGUUCCAUUUUAACUCAGAUCAAGCAAACCACCAGUUGCCUUCUGCUUUACCUUCCCAGAGUAAGCCUUCUCUCCUGCACUACACUCAACAGCAGCAGCAUCAGCAGCAACAGCAGCAGCAGCAACAACAACCACAGCAACAGCAGCAGCAACAGCAGCAGCAACAGCAGCAGCAGCAACAGCAGCAGCAGCAACAACAGCAGCAGCAGCAACAACAGCAGCAGCAGCAGCAGCAGCAACAGCAACAACCACCCUCGCAGCCCACCCAACCUUUACCAACCCAGCCUUUGCUAAGGUCACCCUUGCCUCUUCAACAAAAGAUCCUGCUUCAGAAAAUACAGAAUCAGUCUAUCACAGGCCUGGGAUAUCAAGUCUCCCAACAACACAGACAGGAUCAACACUCUGUGGUAGGCCAGAACACAGGCUCCAAUCCAAGUCCCAGCCCCUGCUCAAAUCCAAACACUGUAAGUGGUUACAUGAACUCCCAGCAAUCACUGUUGAAUCAGCAAUUGAUGGGAAAGAAACAGACUCUACAGAGGCAGAUCAUGGAACAGAAACAGCAACUUCUUCUCCAGCAGCAGAUGCUGGUUGAUGCGGAGAAAAUUGCUCCACAAGAUCAGGUAAACUCACAUUUGACAAGGCCACCCCCAGAUUACAAAGACCAAAGAAGAAAUGUGGGAAAUCUGCAACCAACUGCCCAGUAUUCUGGUGGCUCAUCUACAAUGAGUUUAAACGCUAACCAGGCUUUGAUAAACCCAGUUUCAACACACACCAUUUUAACUGCAAAUUCCAGCCUGAUGUCUUCUUCCCAUGGGACAAGAAUGCCAUCAUUAUCCACAGCAGUUCAAAACAUAGGGAUGUAUGGAAAUAUGCCUUGUAAUCAACCUGCCACGUACAGUAUCACUUCAGGAAUGAAUCAAUUGACCCAACAGAGGAAUCCAAAUCAAUUGAUAACAAAUCAAAACAAUCCUUUGAUGCCACGGCCUUCUACCUUAGGGCCAAGUAACAGUAACAAUGUGGCCACUUUUGGAACUGGAUCUGUUGGUAAUUCACAACAAUUGAGACCAAAUUUAACCCAUAGUAUGGCAAGCAUCCAGAGAACAUCAAAUGUAGUGGUCACAUCCAACACAACAGCAGCGAACUGGGCCUCUCAAGAAGCAGCAACCAAACAGCAGGAAGCUCUGAAAUCCGCAGGGGUUCACUUCCCCACAGGGACCCCUGCAGGCUAUACCCCAAACCAGUCACUGCAACAGGCAGUAGGUAGCCAGCAGUUUACCCAAAGGGCAGUGGCUCCUCCAAGCCAAUUAACACCAGCUGUGCAAAUGAGGCCCGUGAACCAAAUGAACCAAACACUAAACGGACAAACCGUAGGUUCACUCAGGGGUUUGAAUCUCAGACCCAAUCAACUAAGCACACAAAUUUUGUCUAAUUUGAACCAGUCAGGAACUGGGUUGAAUCAGACAAGGACAGGCAUAAGCCAGCCGCCAUCUCUGACACCCAACAAUUUUCCUUCAUCCAACCAAAGUGCCAGGGCUUUUCAAGGAAGUGACCAUGGCAGUGACUUAGCUUUUGACUUCCUCAGCCAACAGACUGACAACAUGGGUCCUGCCCUAAACAGUGAUGCUGAUUUCAUUGAUUCUUUAUUGAAGACAGAGCCUGGCAACGAUGACUGGAUGAAAGAUAUAAAUCUGGAUGAAAUCUUAGGAAAUAACUCUUGAAGGAGAAAGGGGAGACAAUUUACGAACUCUAAGCACUAACAGGCAGUAUUUUACAAGGAUGCUGAAAGGGCAAACCUAUGACUUCCAGGUGGACUACAUGAAGAUAUCAUGGUUUAAAAGUGGAAGCAGAGGGUAACUGCAGUGGUGACUACUUUGGUUCGAAUUCUUGUAUAAAAAAUCUCAAACCUUAAAGUAAAACAUUGGGAUCACUUUCCCCUAUAUAAGCUCCAGGACAUAUUAUCCAAACAAAACUGUGAUGUUGGUGUGUAAUUAAUUGUGUAAAAUAGGCUUCCCAUGCUCUUUCUCUGAAAGAAAAUAGAACUUGUUCUUUGUUUAAACCCCAUGUCAUGAGGUAAUACUAGUUCUAAGCAACAAAAACCAAAUUCCUUUAUUUGCUUUAAUAGAUAGGUGUGGUUUAAUUUUUCCACUGUCUUUUCAUUUAAUUUUCCUAAGUUUAAGACAUAGAUAAAAAUAUUAUAGGUUUGUUUGAAGUAAUCAGUGUCCUUUGUAAGGGAAAGCCAGAGAACCUAGAAAACAUCUAAUGGAUUACAGAUUCCCCUCCCCUAGACUCAGUAUUCAUUUUUGCAAUUUUCUCACACAUUCUACACUUCAAUGGGAUUCUGUGUCUAGUGAUGAAACCAGAAUGUAGAACUGUGCAACUUCAUUUUGGCUUCCACAGCCAAUUUCCAAAUCCAUUCCCAAGCAAGUUUUCAGUACAACCUAGACCUGGUCUAAUCCUACUAAAAUAUUUGUGCACACUUGUCUGCAUCAAACUUUGUUUUAAAAAAAAAGAAGCCCUGAACAUUGCUAUAAUGGAGAUUUAUCUGGCCACAAAUAACCUGAGAGAUUACUUCUUUUGAUUGAUGGCCACUGGUCUUUUCUGAAAUUGAGUGAAAUUGAGCCUUGUCCUUCCUCCCUACUUAUUCUGAUGACCAGAGAAUGGCUUGUAAGAAAAGUAAAUCUGGUUUUUUUAAAAUUAAUUUUAUUGGUACAUUUUAGGUAUACAAUAUAAUGACAUUCAUCAUUGGAAAUUUGCACUUUUACAUAAUCUCUCUUGGUUCUUAUUUUUCCCCCAUUCCCCUGCCCUCCCUCCAACCCCUCCAUCCCUCCCUAUUUACAAAGACUUUGUUUCCAUUUUUUCAUUUUCUCAUAUUAAUUCCUUUCCCUUCUUUCCUUUCCCGUACCCCUUCUCCUUCCCCUUCCCCUUUGCCCCUUUUCUUCCUACAUCACAUUAUCUACCACCUCAUCUCAGAAAGACUGGCUGCUAUCAUGAAAUCAACCAAUAACAAAUGCUGGCAUGGCUGUGAGGAAAGAGGAACCCGGCUCCACUCCUGCUGGGAGUGUAGACUGGUGCAAGCACUGUGGAAAUCAGUAUGGAGAUACCUCAAAGAACUAGGACUGGAAGUCCCAUU